AAGCCCCCAGUGCUGCCGCUGCUACUCCUCACUCCGUCCAGCCGUUCCGAACUCUCCUGCAUCCCCAUCCCCUUUCUCACCACACCCUCCCACUCAACAACACCAUCACAAUGGCUUCUAACCUCUCCUUCGUCCUCAACAAGCCCAACGACGUGACCUUCGAGGAGCGUCCGGUGCCGAAGCUGCAGUCGCCGCACGACGUGCUGGUGGCGGUCAACUACACGGGCAUCUGCGGCUCGGACGUGCACUACUGGCAGCACGGCGCGAUCGGGCACUUCGUGGUGAAGGACCCGAUGGUGCUGGGCCACGAGUCGGCCGGCACGGUGGUGGAGGUGGGCGCGGCGGUGACGACGCUGCGGCCCGGCGACCGCGUCGCCCUCGAGCCGGGCUACCCCUGCCGCCGCUGCGCCAACUGCCUCGCCGGCCGCUACAACCUGUGCCCGGACAUGGUGUUCGCCGCGACGCCGCCGAUCGACGGCACGCUGACGGGAUUCUGGGUCGCCCCCGCCGACUUCUGCUACCGCCUGCCCGACGGCGUGUCGCUGCAGGAGGGCGCGCUGAUCGAGCCGCUGGCCGUGGCCGUGCACAUCGUGCGGCAGGCGCGCGUGCAGCCCGGCCAGAGCGUGGUGGUGAUGGGGGCCGGGCCGGUGGGCCUGCUGUGCGCGGCGGUGGCGCGGGCGUUCGGCGCCAGCAAGGUGGUGUCGGUGGACAUCGUGCAGUCCAAGCUGGACUUUGCGCGGUCGUUCGCGGCGACGCACACGUACCUGUCGCAGCGGGUGCCGGCGGAGGAGAACGCGCGGCGGAUAGUGGCCGAGGCCGAGCUGGGCGCGGGCGCCGACGCGGUGAUCGACGCGUCCGGCGCCGAGCCGUCCAUCCAGGCGUCGCUGCACGUCGUCAAGGUGGGCGGCACCUACGUGCAGGGCGGCAUGGGCAAGGCCGACAUCAACUUCCCCAUCAUGGCGCUGUGCCUGAAGGAGGUCACGGCGCGGGGCUCGUUCCGCUACGGCAGCGGCGACUACAAGCUCGCCAUCGAGCUAGUCGCCACCGGCAAGAUCGACGUCAAGCGGCUGAUCAACGGCGUUGUCGCAUUCAAGGACGCUGAGGAGGCCUUCAAGAAGGUCAAGGAGGGCCAGGUCAUUAAGAUUCUGAUCGCCGGGCCGAACGAGAAGGUCGACCAGAGCAGCUGAUGCUGCUGAAGAGUUGAAAGGGAAAAAAGAAAGAAAAAAACACUAAAUUACACGUUUGCAUGGUUGCUAGGUACGGCGUAACGGAUGGAUGCAUGGACUCGGGCCUGUUUG